UUAAACCAAAUAGUUAUAUCAUGCGAGUAAAUCGCUGUGGAUAUCGCACAUACGCCCCGUUGACCGCAGACUCGAGUCGCAGCUACUUACACGCCACGCUCAUCGCUCCGGGCAUCAGUACGCGCCCAGUGUUCAGCCACAGCAGAUCGUGAAUGUGAACGGAUAUAUAUAUAUAAACAUAUAGAGUGUGUGCAUACCGAUGUCUGUGAGAUAGGUCCAAAAAGCACACAAGUAUUUGCACAUCCCAAAGGAGGGGGAGUGAAACACGACUUCCUGUCCCCGUACACGUGCUGCAUCGUCUGCGGCCAGGAUCUAAAAGCAAAAACUCCGACUCCGACUACGUCUCCGCUUUUUGUGUGCUCGAACUCCAAUCAGGAGCCGUUUCGUCUAGUUUUUUCGCACUUCUUGCCCCGGCUGCCGCCAUGCAUUCGCCAACAGCCAAAGUGUCGGGCUUCGUCGUCCUGAUGAUUGUGCAAAUAAUCUUCCUGGUUCUGUUCUGGCUGUUCGUGCGUUACGAAAAGACCGCGCUGCCACGGGCAAUCGACGCCGAAGACGCUGGAUCAGCAAACGAACACGUUUCCAAAUAUCCGCAGUUCCAGGAUAUCCAGGUGAUGAUCUUCAUUGGCUUCGGCUUCCUGAUGACCUUCCUGCGGAAAUACGGAUACAGUGCCACCGGAUUCACCCUGUUCAUGGCCGCCCUUGUGGUACAGUGGGCCGUGCUGAUGAAGGGAUUCCUGCACAUGGAGGGCGGCAAGAUCAGCCUCUCCCUGGAGAACAUCAUUGAUGCUGAUAUUGCUGCCGCCGUGCCUCUGAUUAGCAUGGGCGCCCUCUUGGGCAGGACCACGCCCAUCCAACUGCUGUGCAUGUCCAUCUUCGAGGUGGCUCUUUUCGCGGCCAACGAGUACCUGGCCCUGCAUGUUUUCAGUAUCUGCGACUGUGGCGGCUCCAUCACUGUCCACGCAUUUGGUGCCUACUUUGGACUGGCGGUGGCUCUGAUGCUGAGGCCCGCCAGCGACCAGAACGAGGCGGGAAAGCUGGAGGGCGCCAGCUACACCUCGGACAUCUUCGCCAUGAUCGGCACCACCUUCCUGUGGGUGUACUGGCCCAGCUUCAACUCGGUGCUGGCCGAGGGAGCCGGCGGCGAGCGGGCUAUUUUGAACACGUUCCUGUCAUUAGCCGCGGCAACAGUGACCACCUUCGUUGUAUCCGCGCUUGUCAGCCACGAGAAUAAAUUGGACAUGGUGCACGUGCAGAACUCGACCCUCGCCGGCGGAGUGGCCGUGGGCACGGUGUGCAACUUGCUGCUGGGCGCCCAUGGCGCCGUCUUAAUUGGCAUUAUCGCCGGCACGGUCUCGGUGCUCGGCUAUCGCUAUUUAACCCCAUGGAUGACUUCUAAUCUGAGGCUGCACGACACCUGUGGAGUGCACAACCUGCACGGCAUGCCGGCCCUGAUUUCAGCCAUUGCCUCGGCCAUUUACGCCUCGAUGGCCACCGUGGGCGAUUACCAAUCCGAGCUGCAGGACAUUUUUCCGGCCAUGGUGGGCACCAACGGAACGGAGACCAAAAUCCUGGGCGGCUUGGGCCGGAAUGCAACUUCACAGGCGGGCUACCAAUUGUUUGGCAUUGCUGUUACCCUACUCAUUGCCAUUGGAGGGGGUAUUUUGACAGGGGCCGUCUUGAAGUACACCAACUUCCGGAACCUGAAGAAGGACGAACACCACCAGGACGAGCACUACUGGGAGGUGCCUGCUGUCGAGAACAAGGAGGAAUAUGAACUAGAAAAGGUUGACGAGCUUUUGCUGUAAGCUAAAUAAGCCAAUGCCAAGCCAAAAAAAAACACCCAAAAAUAGAGCCAAACAAAUGCAACAGCAGCAGCCAUGGGAAUUGAGAAGCCCAGGGUCCUCUGGCCAAUCCUUUUGUUGUCCUUGCCUGCUUCGCUUAAUUUUUGUAGACAUUUGUCGCAUUUAAUUAAAAACUCCAACAAUUUACACAUUUAAUUAGCCUCGAGCACUGAAAACAGAAAAUGCUAAAGAAAAAAAAAAAAAACCAAAAGAAGUAUUAGCAAUAAAAAUAUUUUAAAUGUGACACUCUCCUUAACUCCCUCUGUAUAUUUCGCAUGCCGGUCGCAAUUUUUAAUGGAAUUAAAAUCAUACACAUAAAAUCCAACAACGAACGCUGGCGCUCAAAAAGUUUAAAUAUGCUCGCCAAACUUUUGGAUGACGACGCCGCCAACUCGAAUUCCCACUCUGCCGCCAACUUUAAUUGGCGCCCAUUUCUGUUGCGCAACUGGAAUGCAAUUGUCCCCGCCAACAAUUUGUAUGUGCGCGGAGCUCUGCACUAGGAGCCGCUAAUUAAGUGGCCCAGCACAAAGUGCCGGCUAAUUAGCCGACUUUUGGCCAAGACACCGCGAUCCGCGCUCCAAUCCGAUCAGAUCCGAUUCGGUCCGGUCCGGUCAUCUUGGCUUUCUUGGCUUUCUUGGCUUUCUCAGCAUUUCCUGGACAGCUCAGCCGGCGAUUAGGGCACCUGGCCCCGAUGGCCACUAAUCGCCGGACAAAAGGCGGACCAGCAGGAAUAAUGCCUUUCAAACGACUCCUCGGACCGGCGAUAAGCUGGCGGCCAACUACUUAUGUUGGCUUUGUCACCCCACAGACGGACAAACAAAGCCCCAAAGGCAAACAAUUACCGGCAAAAGUUCAACAAGUUUCAAUAAAAUUGUCAGUCAA